AUGAAAUCUAUUUCAAUACUCUCCAUUUUUUUAAUAUUUGUUGCCGUUGUGACUCAAGCGUCUCCCGUUAAGAGAUGCGAUACUAAAAUAGGUCCCAACUUAUACACCGAUGGUGUGAGAUUUAAGGAUUUAUACGCAGGUCUCUCGAAAGAUUUGAUUAAAAUCAAUAAUAAGUAUGACGAAUUCCUCAACUCAUUUCACGAUUCGGUAACGGAAGCCGCAAAGAAAGACGGUUUACCACUACCAGACUUCCUUGAUGUUUGGAACAAUAAUUAUAAGGAAUUCGUAGCAGAUUCGAAAUUUAUCUCUGAAAAGUUGGCAGCUAAAGCUGCUGCAUUCGGAAAGAAGCUUGAAGAAGCCAAAAAGAAGUCUUAA